AUGAAGCGCAAAAACACGGACUUAUCUAUUGACACAAAGCAAGUUAAACACCAACGAGUUGAAGAGACCACUCCCUCUCCUGAUUUCUGGCCUCCCUCUCCUAUUGAAUAUGGGGUUAACGAUCCCGUUAACUACUGGCCACCAACCCCUACUACUGAAACUGAGGACCUAAAUAAUGUUCCGUCUAAUAUUGAUGAUGACAAACAAGAAUUAUUAUCAAGUGAUGUUGUCGUACUCAUCACCCAACCUCCUCCAGAAACUAUUUCAAAUUAUGUAAGACCAAAUGAUAGAAGGUUUCGUUCUCAACUGGUUGAUAUGCUUCCAUCUUUUAUAAAUUCUGAAGGAAGAGUUUUUAAAAUCGGUGAUCGAAUAGCUUGUUAUAAAGAUGGUUUAUUAACUGCUGCUCGAAUUUUGGACAUUGAUGAACCAUUAAUCCCACAUGUUGAUCCUGCUUUACAAGAACGUGUAUUUGUUCAUUUCGAAGGUUGGGGCUCUGAACAAGCUAAAAUGGUUACCCCUCUUGAUAUCUUGCCUUAUUUUCAAAGUUCUCCCGUCUCAAUUGGUCCUCUUGGAAAAGAUGAUUUAAAAUCUUGGCAAGAAUAUAGAUGUUUCUACCAAUCAGAUGAAGGUAGACUAGCACGUGAGCACACUGCUAUCGUCUUUGAUGAAACAAUGUUAUUACAUGAAUGUCCUUGUAGAUAUCGUGAUAAUAAAUCAAUUACUCAUCCUGAGAAUCCUGAGCGCUGUAUUGAAAUAAUGGGUACUUUUGAGAGUCAAGGUCUUUUACGAAAGGUCAAACGAUUACGCUCUAGAAUGGCAACAAAGGAGGAACUUGAAAGUUGUCACGUAGGUGAACAUGUUGCCACGUAUUUCUCAUAUAAAAGGAUUUGUAUGCCAAAGAUCGAAGAAAAUUCUGAUGUAAAAGUCUGUGAAGAGUCCGUUACAGAUAUUGCUGAUGUUGAAAAAAAAGAUUCCGUUGGCAAAAUCCAAAAAUUAAUAGAAUGGUAUCCACCAGCUCUUAAAGACGCUAUGUCUUGUGGCGAAUUAGGCAUCUGCUGUGAUACUACUUAUAAUCCUGCUGGAACACCAAAUGCGGCUAGAAUGGCUGCAGGGUCUGUUAUUGAAAUUGUUGGUGCUGUUGCAUCCGGAAAAGUUGCCAAUGGGUUUGCCAUAAUACGUCCUCCCGGACAUCAUGCUGAACGAAAUCAAGCUAUUCAUGGAAACGGCACACAAGACAUGUUUUACGACCGUGAUGAUGUACUGUAUUUGUCGUUGCACCGUUGGGAUAAUGGUAACUUUUAUCCUUACUCUGGUUCGCCCUCUGACCUUGGUUCUGGCGUCGGACUAGGUAAAAACGUUAAUAUUACUUUUUCUUCUGAAGAUGAUAAACUUGAUGCGAUGGGUGAUACUGAGUAUGUCGCCGCAUUCAAGCAUAUCGUGAUGCCUAUUGCCAUACAAUAUAACCCUGACCUGGUUAUUGUGUCUGCUGGUUUUGACGCUGCCGAAGGUCACGAUGAUUUUAUAUUUCUUUUGAAAUUCAUCACUAAUCAAGACGUUUACAAGAUUGGCGGUUAUAAAAUUACUCCUAGAGGUUAUGCAUUCAUGACACAGAUGCUUAAAACUUUGGCUAACGGGAAGAUUGUUCUUGCUCUUGAAGGUGGAUAUGUUUUAGAACCAUUAUCAGCAUCUGCUACCGCCUGUUUGUCAGCCCUACUUGGUCCUGAACUGUCACCCUUGGAGCAAUAUCAAUUGAUUGGUGGUUUAAAUUCAGUAAAACCAAAUUCGGCUGCUGUUUCUUCAUUUCAAAAAGUUGUAGCCACGCUAAAACCAUAUUGGAAGUUCUCGGAAGAAGUCAUGCGUGAUGACUUUCGAUUUUCAUUACCAAGCGAAUGGCGUGCAGUAAAUAGCUUAUCAACGAGACCAAAACGUGCACCAAAACCAAAACGCAGAAUGCCCGUUGAAGGAUAA